AAAGUAAAAUGUGGAGCAGUAGUACCGAGUAACUUUUUUACCAGUGCAAGUAAGAUAAAUUCCCGAACCAAGAACCUCCGUUCGCCUAGUCUUCUAUUCUCGACUUCUGGAGUCUCCCCCUUCAGCUGCUUCAAUAUUCAAUGGCUUCAUUCACAUUGCUCUGCUAUGCUAUACAUUUGCUCCUAAUUUCGGGGAAAAUCGCUUCCGACGGACUUCCCAACCCCGCCGGAACAAGAGAAAACGGUGAUGCCAUGUCCGGUUCUGAGUUCCCUUCUGAUCCAUCUUUGUUGCUUCAACUCGAUCAACUCAAGUCAAAAAUUUCUCUAUUAGAAUCAAGCCUUAAUGAAAAAGUGGAAAGGCUACGCGCCAGUGAUGAGAAAAUUGACGAGUUAGAGAAGAUCCUGGUAUCAAAAUCUACAUCAUUGGAGUCAUUGAAAAGAGAAUUUCAAUUGAUCCAGGAGAAACGAUCCUUCGAUGCAAAAGAGCAGGCUGAUAAGGCUAAUGCACACGCUGGUGAACUUGUGAAGCAGAUUGAUAUUCUGAAAACGGAAAUAGAAAUACAAAACAAAGAAAAGGACAAUCUUGUUAGCCGCACAAAAAUAGCAGAAGAGAAAAUUCACGAGUUGAAUCUAAAACUUGAAAAUUUGCAAAGGAUAAAUGAAGAACAAAAAUCAAGGAUCCUUAAAACUGAGCAUGCUAUUCUUGUGGCAGAGGAAGAACUGAUGAAAGCUAAAAUUGAAGCUUCUUCAAUGUCUAAGAAGCUUCAAGAGAUUCCAAACGGAUGGCUUCCACCUUGGCUUGCAGUUCAUGCUGUUCAUUGUCAGUCCCAUAUUGUAUCUUUCUGGAAUGAGCAUGGGAGGCCUGCAUUGGAUCGUACCAUAAAAAAGGUCCUGGAAAAGAAAUCUGAGGUAGAAAUGUGGCUGGAGCCUCAUGUUCACACAUUUCAAACAAAAUGGAUUCCAUUGACAAUAAAACACUGCCAAGAAUUCACAAGGAAUAUUGGACCACAGCUAACAAUACUUGCUGCUAAGACUACUGAUGUUUAUCGUGAAUCCAAGAACUAUUUGGAGCCUCAUAUUGUAAGAGCACAUGAAGUGUUGAUUCCUUACUAUGAGAAAGCUAAAAAGUUCACAAAGCCUGGUAUUGAUCAUAUUGUACUCAUAGUGAAGCCUCAUGUUGAUACGGCCAGUGCAUUCUUGAGGCCUUAUUCAAAGAAAGCAAUUCGUAAUUAUAGGAAGUUUGCGAAGUCUGCCCGUUUAUACCAUCAAAAGGUUCAAACUACAAUUCAUGACAAGCUGAAAGAUAACACGUUUACGGAACCAUUCGCAACCAAGGAGUUAUCAUGGUUUAUGGCAUCUGCUGUACUGAGUCUCCCUGUGAUCUUUCUUCUUAAUAGGUCUUCAGCCUUUUUCAGAAAAACACCAAAGAAACGCUCACGAAGUCACCACAAAAGCCACACCCAUCGAAGGUCUAAAAGAGUUCAUCCAGAAAAAUGAAGCUUUACACGGCAGUUUGAUAAAACCGUAUAUUGUAUUGACGGUUAAGUUCCUGAUUCCUUUUUCACUAGGUUGAAGCAAUGCUUCAAGUCAUUGUAAACGCUCAGGAAGAGGAUAUUUUGCAGGAAAAUAGGUGUAAGAAAAAUAGACGGCAGUAGAGGCUAUGAAAUUCAUUUGUGGUUCCAUGCUGUCUCAUUGUAUGACUUAUUUCUGUUAAAUUUGGAAUCACCUAGAGGAAGGUACACCCAAAAGGCUCUUUAUUUUUUCAAAAAAUGUCCUGCUUUUUAGAUUCACACAGAGAAAGGGACACCCAAAAGGAAUCAUUCUCUUUUGUUCAUUUUUUUGUUGCUAAAGGAACACUUUGCUUGUUUGGUUUUCGGUUUGAUUGGGCGUUUGACAAUCCAGGUUAAAUACU